AUGGCACCGAACGGCCGGCCAGACCCCGGCCCUUCCUCAUUUGCGCACACCAACCAGCUCGAACAGCUCCACUCGGAGGCAUUGGCGCUACUCGGCCAGCGCAAGAAGCGAAAGCGUCGCGUCCGUUACAGCUGCACCGAGUGUCAUCGGCGCAAGCACAAAUGCGAUCGCGAGACGCCGUGCGGCAAGUGCGUCGAGCGAGGCGUAGCAGAUGCGUGCGUGCCGUUCGAUGGGGAUGAGGAGGGAGAAGGGGAGCGAAUGAGGCGGCUAGAAGGCGUGUUGGAGCGGAUGGUGCGUGCGGAGAGGACCGACAGCUCCAGCGUCGCCGUCACGAACGAAUCAACCACGAGUCUUGCCUCGACACCCCAUGCCACCAACACCUCCGCUCUGCUCCUCAGCGACACUCCAGCCACACACUCCGUCGCAGCCGCAUCUAACCCCCGCCAUCUAUCCAAACGAGACAAUCCAGGCAUCACCACCGCCGCCUCUCUUCCGUUUCGCGCCCAGAUCGGUUCCGAGACACUCGAAUUCUCGUCCUCGACACACACCUACCCGCCCUCGGCGCACUUUGAACGUCUCGUCCGCCAACGCACCCUCGCCGCCUCAACCAUCCGUGACCUGUGCUCCACCUUUCCAGCGCAGUCGCACACGAUGGUGCUGCUCGAGGUGUUUUUCCGCGACAUCAACCCGCUCAUGUUCCCGUUUGACGAGGUGUGGUUCCGCGAAGCGCUGCAUGGGGCUGUGGACGUGAUCUGGGGGGAGGACGAGGGGUAUGGACAGGACGGACCGAAUCAGUUGUCGGUUAUUGCGGCGUUGUUUGCGGUGCUGGCGCUGACCUUGUUGUCGCAACCACCAUCGAUGGGAGGUCAGGAAGAGGGCGCUGCGCAGGCGGCCAAGAUGGCAUUUCACUGCCGCAAUGCGCUGAUGUUGGCGGAGAGCGUGGCGUGCAACGACGCAUUCGGCGUUCUGGCACAGCUGCUGCUAGCGCGGUACAUGAUCUUGCUGCGACAGGCGAAGGAGAGCUGGCUCGUGCUGGGCGCGGCGGUGAGGCAGGCGCAAGCUUUGGGACUCCAUCGGCUUGGUCCUCCGUCGGAAGCAGAGGGCAAGGAGGUGCAGAUGCGUCGGGUGAUCUGGUCCCACCUCUUCUUUGAGGAUCGGUUCUCGUCGUUGAUCGUGGGGCAGGCGCCACUGGUGCACGAUGCGUUUUGCACCACCACCCUUGGUCCGAAUUCAACCGGCGCAAGGGAGAGAGGGAGGUUCGAGCUGGUUCCGAUCCUGCGAAUUCGCGAGGAGAUGACGGGCAUCGUGGGUCGAAUGCUCGAGCUGUACUUUUCCAACUCUGUCGACUUGACGUACGAAGCAAUUCUACAGCUCGAUGCACAACUCAACACGAUGGCGAACAGCUUAACUUCGCCGUAUCGCAGGGACGAGGGGCCACCGGAGGGACCGGACGGACGAACCAUCGCCCUACAUCGGUACAUCCUCCAUGUAUCGCUCGCGUACCUCCAACUCUCCCUGCACCUGCCCUACCUGCGUCGCGGGAGCGCUGAGCGAGGAUUCGAGCGCUCUCGUGCAUCGACCCUCCAAGCUGCCAUCUGGGACCAUCAGGCACGCCAGGAACUCUCCCUCCUCACCUGGCCUCCGCACAUCGCAACGGACGCCUUCGUAGGCGGCCGCUUCUUCCACUUCCACGCGACAUCUGCCCUGGGCGUUUGUUUGCUCACCGAACCGGAUCUAGCGAGGGUCAGCCAACUGGUGGGUAUGAUGGACGAGUUCCUGUCGCGAGCCGAGGAGAGCGUGGCCAUGAAGGGUGUUGAUCCGAACCGAUGCAUUCGGCAGGAGAUCGGGAUUGUCAGUCUCAUCCGGGGGAGGGUGCGACGCCGACUGGCCGAGGGGGAGGUGCACAGGACAAACCACAUCGAGAUGUCUCAGGAGCAGGGGGCGAACACAACAGAGUGGGAGGUGGAAGGGUCAGAGGUGGGACUGAUGCCAGAGAUGGGCCAGGAUGUGUACGAGUGGUGGUCUUGGCUCGUGGCGAGCCUUACGCCCGAGGGUGGGCUGGAGCCGGCGCCUGGAGGGGAACCAUGA